AUGUCGGCCAGACCUAAAUUGAUCGUGCAGAACUUCCCACGUCCUCCGCUGCUCGAGCAGAUUCCGAGACACCUACUCAUACGAUGGAAUGGCCACGCUCUAGCUGACACGCGAUCUUCUUUCUGGGUCUUGGAAACAACACACCCACCAACAUACUAUCUUCCACGAGACUCGAUCUCGCCCACUUUCAAACUCAGCCAGGCACCAGGGAGAGCGUCGCUGUGCGAGUGGAAGGGUCGGGCCACAUAUUGGGAUGUCACCAACCAAUCCACCGGUGAGAUAGUCAAGGGUAAAGUAUGGAGUUACGAAUCACCCACUCCAGCAUUCAAGGACAUCAAGGGAUUUCUGUCUUUCUAUGCCAAUGAUGUCCCCUGGGAGUGUUUCGUGGACGACGAGAAGGUGACGCCUCAAGAAGGUGACUACUAUGGUGGAUGGGUGACCAGUGAAUUGGAAGGUCCCAUGAAGGGGGGACCAGGUACCUGGGGCUGGUGA